GAAAUCCCAUGAUCCAAAACUCCAUGAUCUCAUCCAACAAACACCAAUAAAAAUGUCAAACCACAAUGACAUCCAUACCCCUCCUUCUUUCAUUUAAUUACAUUCCUACCCCUACUCCUUCUCCAUCUUCAUCCUCUGAACCUCCUUCUCCCUUCGAUCUCCUUCCCCACUUCCAUGAUCCACCACCACUGCCCAACAUGCCUCCGGCCAUCGCCGCCACCACCCACCUCCACGACUUGCCGGACGCCGUCCUCACCAACAUCUUCUCUCUGGUUCUCCACCUCCGGUCUCGCAAUUCCAUGUCCCUCGUUUGCCACAAAUGGUUUUCUCUCGAGCGCUCCACUCGCACCUCCCUCUCUCUCCGAGGCUACUCUCCUCACCUCUUCCUCCUUCCCACCUCCUUCUCCGCCGUUACCCACUUAGACCUCUCUUUGCUCUACCCUUGGGGUCACCCUCCAUCCCCUGACCUCUCUCUCGUCGCCCUCCGCCUCCGUCAAGCCUUCCCUAAUCUCAACUCUCUCACUCUCUACGCCCGCACCCCUUCUGCUGUUGAGGCCUUGGCUCCGCAAUGGGCUACUCAGCUCCGCGCUGUUCGUCUCGUUCGCUGGCAUCAGCGCCCUCAUCUCCCUCACGGCGGGGAUCUCACCCCGCUUCUUUCCUCUUGCCCUGGUCUUCACUCUCUCGACCUUUCCCAGUUCUAUUGUUGGAUUGAAGACAUCCCUGCUGCUCUCCAAGCUUACCCUGUUGCCGCUGCUUCGUUGAUUCAUCUCAAUCUCCUCUCCGCUGCCUCCUCCGACGGGUACCGCGCUGCCGAGUUGCUUUCUAUAUCUUUAUCUUGCCCUAAUCUCCGUGAAUUCCUUGCCCCUUGUGUGUUCAACCCGAGAUACAUCGACUUUGUCGGCGAUGAGACUCUCCUCUCUCUUGCCACCAAUUGCUCCCGUCUCAAACUCCUACACCUCGUUGACCCCGCCGCUUUUUCUCCUGCCACUGCUCCGGUUAUCAAUCUCGAUUCCGAGGGUUUCGCUCCAGAGGACGCGAGGAUCACUUGUGAUGGUUUGGGGAGGUUGUUCACCGCCCUGCCGUUGCUUGAAGAUCUCGCUUUGGAUCUCUCCCAGAAUGUUAGAGAUUCAGGGCCGGCAUUUGAAGAGCUGUGCUAUAAGUGCCCCAAGAUCAAAUCUUUGAAGUUGGGGAUGUUCCACUCUGUUUGCAGAGCUGCUGGACUGCACUUGGACGGCGUGUCGGUUUGCGGUGGUCUGAAAUCUUUGUGCAUUAGCAACUCAGCUGAUCUCUCUGAUGCUAGUCUUAGCACUAUUGCUCGGGGUUGCCGGAGAUUAUCCAAGUUUGAGAUCCAUGCUUGUCGGAAUGUCACUGAGAUUGGGAUCAAGAAGUUGUCUGCUUUGUUGAGAAUGAGCCUGGUCCAAGUGAGGAUCUCCGGUUGUCCCCAGUUUGAUGUCGCUAGUGUUCUUCGCGCUCUCGAGCCAAUUCGAGAUAGAAUUGAACACCUUCACAUUGACUGCAGCCGGUGGGUUCUGUCCCCCGGUAAACAAGACGUUGAUGGUGGUGACACCAGUCAACAAGAAGAAGAAGAAGAAGAUGAUGAUGAUGACUUGGAGACUCCUAUUGAAUCGAAAAAAAAGAAGUGCAAGUGCUCAGUUGAAAUUGAGGAUGAUGAAUUCUGGCUCAAGACUUGGAGAAGACUAAAGUACUUGUCAUUAUGGUUUCCAGCCGGAGAAAUUCUAACUCCUUUAGCAGAAGCAGGGAUGGAGUUUUGUCCGGAAUUGGAGGAGAUGUGUAUCAAAGUAGAAGGUGAUUGCCGGCUUUGCCCGAUGCCGGCUCAGAGAGAGUUCGGUCUUAAUAGUCUAGUUAGAUAUCCUAAGCUCUCUAAGAUGAAGCUCGAUUGCGGAGAAGCUAUAGGUUAUGCUCUAACAGCUCCGUCGGGCCAAAUGGAUUUGAGCUGGUGGGAGAGGUUUUAUCUUCAUGGUAUUGGUGCCUUGAACUUGUAUGAACUCAAUUACUGGCCUCCACAGGACAAGGAUGUGAACCAGAGAACUCUGUCAUUGCCGGCUGCCGGCUUGCUUCAAGGGUGUACUACUUUGAGGAAGCUUUUCAUACAUGGGACUGCACAUGAACACUUCAUGGGGUUCUUUCUGCAGAUGCCAAACCUUCGUGAUGUGCAGCUGAGGGAGGACUAUUAUCCGGCACCGGAGAAUGACAUGAGCACGGAGAUGAGAGUAGAUUCAUGUAGCCGUUUUAAGGCUGCAUUGAAUGAAAGAUACAUUCCUGACUGACUCUGACUGAGGAUGAAUUAAGUGGCUUUCUAUGAUUAAUUUCUGUUGGAGCAACAAGAAUCCAGAUCAUGUAUAAUGUGUCUGUAUUUCAAACUUCUCUAGUUUUUCAGGUUAAUGCAGAGAAGCAUGUUAGUGUUACUUCAGAAUAAGAAUAAAUGGAGUUGUGUAUGCGGAUUGCUUUUGAAUGGAAAAUAAUUCCUUGAGGGGGAUUAGUGUU